UAUGACACCUUUGCCACACUCAAUCUCGGUAUUCACGGGCAAAAAUUUCCGUACCCAGCCCUAUCUCUAUCUACCCAUCUUCAUUUAAGUAUUGACUUUUCAGCGCGACCUUCGCUUUCCCAAUAUUUUGGUCUUUUUUUAUUUACAGCUUGAGUUUUUUUGGUUUUUUUUUCUUUUCUACGAAAUUUUUGUUAUAGCUUGGUGCAUUAUUUUUGGAUUAGUUUGAAGAGAAAAUAGCUAAGAUUUGGAAUUUUCUACUUUGGUUACACCCUGUACCGGUACGUUUUUUAUUUUGUACACUAUAGCUCUUUGUAAGGCUUUAAAACUUCAUUUACUUUAAAUGGAGACGGAUCGGAAAAUUAGUCAGGAAAAGAAAGUGUUUGACUCCGCGGAGUCAAAUGCUUCCACUUUUCAGACUUCAGAGGCAAAGAUAUACCCUUCUGAAAGCCGCAACUCAUUCUAUGAGAAACCUUCUGAGCCAGAAGGGUUUUUUGCUAAAUUAGUGAAUGACUUUCGACCAGCUUCUACGGAUCGCCCAGAUGGCGUGGCUUUGAAACGAAAAUUGACGAACCGACAUAUGCAAAUGAUUUCCAUUGGAGGUGCCAUUGGUAGUGGUUUGUAUGUUGGUUCAGGAAACUCAUUAGCAGAUGGUGGUCCUGCAAGUCUUAUUAUUAACUACUCGUUGAUUGGUAUUAUGAUGUUUCUUACCAUUUAUGCUUUGGGUGAAAUGGCUGUCGCAUAUCCAAUCGCUGGUGGAUUUAAUACCUAUGCAACUCGAUUUAUCGACCCAGCUUGGGGUUUUUCUCUUAGUUGGAAUUACUUUAUUAAUUACUUUGUGACUUUUCCAUUGGAACUUACAACCUGUGCUAUCACGUUUCGAUUUUGGACAGACAUUAACAGUGGUGCCUGGAUUACAGUUUUUUUGGUAGCUGUUAUUCUGAUUAACUUACUAGGAGUUCGUGCAUAUGGUGAAGUCGAGUUUGUUUUAAGUUUUAUCAAAGUCAUAGCAACACUGGGCUUUAUUAUUUUGGCUAUCAUCAUUGACUGUGGUGGUGUGCCCACAGAUCAUCGUGGGUAUAUCGGCGGAAGCAUUAUUAAACGAAACGCAUUUCGUCACGGAUUUAAAGGAUUUUGUUCUGUCUUUGUUACGGCUGCGUUCUCCUUUUCAGGUACAGAAGUCAUUGGUUUGGCUGCAGCCGAGGCAGAUGAUCCCAAGAGAACUUUACCCAAAAGUGUCCGCCAAAUUUUUUGGAGAAUUGCCUUGUUUUAUGUUUGUUCGCUUUUGAUGAUUGGUCUUUUGAUUGACCCUGAUGAUCCUCAACUUAUGGGAAAUGAAUCCGGUACUAGCACUUCUCCAUUUGUUUUGGCUAUUCAGGAAGCAAAGAUUAAGGGACUUCCUUCCGUUUUCAACGCUGUAAUUAUCGUUUCAGUUAUUUCUGUAACCAAUACAAGUACGUAUACGGCGGGACGUACCUUGCAAGGUAUGGCCACCUUGAAACAUGCCCCUCGAAUAUUUCUUUACACCGACCGUCUUGGCCGUCCUUUGAUUGCUAUGGGCGUGGUCUUGGCUUUUGGAUUUUUUGCCUACAUCAAUGAGGCAAACGAAAAUGGAAAGGAUAUUAGUGAUACUGUGUUUAAUUGGUUGCUUGCUCUUACGGGCUUAUCAAACUUUUUCUGUUGGGCCAGUAUUUGUCUUUCCCAUAUCAUGUUCCGCUUGGCCUUCAAGAAGCAAGGUCACUCACUAGAUGAGCUAGCAUUUGUUUCCCCAUUAGGUGUUUGGGGCUCUUGCAUCGGUUUUGGUUUCAACGUGUUGUGUUUGAUUGCCCAAUUUUAUGUGUCACUAUUUCCCGUCGGUGGAAAACCUAAUGCUAAUGAUUUUUUCCAGGGAUACUUGGCUGCUGUUGUUGCUUUGGUAUUUUUUGUGGGAUAUAAGAUAUAUGACCGUCGCACCAUUCCUCCCCUUUCUGAAGUGGAUUUAAUGACUGGCUUCCACUCUGCGAAAUUUUACAAUAAUUAUGAAGAAUCAUACCCGAGAAAAGAAAGAGGUAGACUUGGAAAAAUCUUGUCAUCAUGUUGCUAAUCAUGACAUUGUGAAAAAAAGCCUUUGUCCAAAGUUCUUGGGAUAGUAUAUGUGAAAAAACCUUUGUCUUUUCUAUGUAAUACAUCGUCUGUCUGAUUAGUGUUUUCUUUUUUUGAUAUCAUUUUACCUCCACCCAAGCAAUAAAACAGUACAUUUUGUGGGGUUAUGGAAGGAUAUAUAACUUAUUAGUCUUUAUUUUUUUUUUUUUUUUUGUUGUUGUUGUUUAAAGGUUAUAUAUUAAUAGAAAACCAAGGAAAAAUACAAAAGUUUUCAAAGUACUUCAAUAAACCUUCUUUUUUUCUUUGAAACCAAC